AUGGUGUUUGGGAAAGCUUGUCACUUACCAGCUAAGUUAGAGCAUAGGGUAUAUUGGGAGAUUAAGAAACUGAAUCCAGAUGCUGAGUUAGCAGGCAGAAAGAGGAUCACACAGCUGCACGAGCUAAAAGAGUUUAGGCUUCACACCUAUGAAAAUGCAAAGCUGUAUAAAGAGAAGACCAAAAGGUGGCAUGACAAGCAUAUUGUGUCACGCACCUUUGAACCUGGUCAGUUAGUGUUACUUUUCAAUUCUAUAUUGAGGUUUUUCCCAAGGAAGCUUCGGUCUAAGUGGAGUGGUCUGUUUGAGGUGGUGAGGAUGACUCAACAUGGUGUUGUAGAACUACGAAACAAGGACAAGAGCUCUACGUUACUUGUAAAUGGUCAACAGGUCAAGCACUACUUUGGUAAGGAUGUAGAUCGUGAGCUUGAAGCACCCAUAUUGAAUGACGAAUGA